AUGGUGGAUUACACUGGUACUGUUGACCAGCUGGUCGCUCGUUCUUCGAGCGACCCAAGUGCCACCUCGAGUUCCGCGUCUGCGCUCGUGACCACCCUGGUCCCCUCCUUGAUCUCGUUUGUUGUCAUGGUUCUGCUCUUCAUCAUCCUUCGCAAGAGGGAGCACCGCAUGUACAUGCCCCGUACAUACAUUGGAUACCUCAAGGACUGGCAGCGCACUCCCGAUACCCCGACCGGCUUCUGGAACUGGGUCAAUUCCAUGUACCAAUUGCCCGAUACCUACGUUUUGCAGCACCACUCCCUGGACGCCUAUCUCCUCCUGCGCUUCCUGAAGAUUGCCGCCUUAAUCAUGUUUGUCGGUUGUGUUAUUACGUGGCCCAUUCUGUUUCCCGUUAAUGCGACUGGUGGUGGCGGACAGUCCCAAUUGGAUCUGCUGAGCAUGUCCAACGUGUCUAGUAAUCAGUAUGGACGCUACUUCGCACACUGCUUCCUCGCUUGGAUCUUCGUCGGUUUCAUCUUCAUUAUGAUUACCCGUGAGCACGUCUUCUUUAUCAACCUCCGCCAGGCAUACUUGUACUCUCCCGCCUACGCUAGCCGUAUCUCCUCUCGCACUGUGCUUUUCUCCGCUGUCUCUGAGAAUUACCUCAGCAAGGACAAGAUCCGCGCCAUCUGGGGUGCCGAGAAGGUCAAGAAUGUCUGGCUUGCCACUGAUACUAGUGAACUGGAGGACAAGGUCAAGGAGCGUGAUGCUGCUGCCAUGAAGCUCGAGGGCGCCGAGACCAAGCUCAUUGUGACUGCCAACAAGAACCGUACCAAGGCCCUGAAGAAGCAGGGUAUCCCCGAGGAUGGUAACGCCGAUGAACCUAUCGGUGAGUUCGAUGACGAGUCUGGCUCCGUUGCUGCUCGUUGGGUUGAGGCCAAGGAUCGCCCGACUCACCGUCUCAAGAUGUUGAUCGGCGAGAAGGUUGACACUAUCAACUGGGCUCGUUCUGAGAUUGAGCGUCUUUCCCCCGAGAUUGAGGAGCUGCAGGCCAAGCACCGUGCUGGUGAUGCUAAGCUGAUCACUUCCGUCUUUGUGGAAUUCUACCAGCAGUCUGACGCCCAGGGUGCCUACCAGUCGGUUACCCACAACCUCCCUCUCCACAUGUCUCCCCGUUACAUUGGUCUGGACCCUACCCAGGUGCUCUGGGGCAACCUCCGCAUCAAGUGGUGGGAGCGUGUUAUCCGUCACGGUGCUACCACUGCAUUUGUCAUCGCGUUGAUCAUCUUCUGGGCCAUCCCAGUUGCUGUGGUUGGUUGUAUCUCCAACAUUAACUUCAUCGUUGCCAAGGUUCCCUUCCUGGGAUUCAUCAAUGAUGUUCCUAGCGUCAUUCGUGGUGUGAUUACUGGUCUGUUGCCCUCUGUCAUGUUGGCUGUUCUUAUGGCCUUGGUCCCGAUCAUUAUGCGUAUCAUGGCCAAGAUCGGCGGUGCUCCCAGUCAGGCGUCUGUUGAGUUGACUACCCAGAACUACUACUUCGCCUUCCAGGUUGUCCAGGUCUUCCUGGUGACCACUAUUGCCUCCGCUGCUACUAGUGUCGUCACCGAAAUUAUCAACAAGCCCUCUUCCGCCGCCAGCUUGCUUGCCAACAACAUUCCCCGUGCCUCCAACUUCUACGUGUCGUACAUCAUCCUGCAGGGCCUAUCCUUCAGCGCUGGUGCUCUGCUGCAGAUUAGUGGACUGAUCGUUGGCAAGAUCCUGGGUAGACUCCUGGACUCGACUCCUCGCAAGAUGUACAAGCGUUGGUCCAACCUGUCUGGUCUCACUUGGGGCACUGUUUACCCCGUGUUCACUAUGCUCACUACUAUUGGUAUCAUCUACUCCUGUAUUGCCCCAUUGGUUAUGGGAUUCGCGUGUAUUGGCCUGUACUUGUUCUACUUCGCCUACCGCUACAACGUCCUGUACGUGUCGAAUGCUACCAUCGACACUCAGGGCAAGGCCUAUACUCGUGCUCUGCAGCACCUCACCGUUGGUGUCUACAUUCUGGAGGUUUGCUUGAUCGGUCUGUUCGCCAUGGCCAGUGGCUCUAACCAGAUCGCCGUCGGUCCUUUGAUCCUCAUGAUUAUCUGCCUGGUCACCUCCAUCCUGUACCACAUGUCGAUGAACAGCGCCAUGGAGCCCCUUAUCCACUACCUACCCAAGAACCUUGAGCAUGAGGAGGAGGCUCUCCUGGCCUUGGACCGCAAUGGACUGGGCUCUGUCGAUUCGACCAACGGUGUUGUUGCCGAGAAGGAGCAGAAUGAUGUUGCCAAUGUUGACAGCGGCGUUGGCAACGUUGACUCUGCCGAGAAGGGUCUGUCUGAUGAUGCGACUACCACUCCUCCCAAGGCGAACUUCUUCGUGCGCUGGGCUCGUCCUGACAAGUAUGCCGACUACGCCACCCUGCGGCGCCUAGUGCCCAACCCGCUCGACAUCCAGUCCUACCCCGAGGACGCUGAGCGUGAUGCUUACUGCCACCCCUCCGUCAAUGCCCAGCCCCCUCUCCUCUGGAUUCCUCGUGAUCCCCUCGGCAUCAGUAAGCAGGAGGUUGCCCACACCAGCCGUGUUAUUGGUAUCACCGACGAGGAGUCCUGGCUCGACGAGAAGAACAAGAUCCAAUGGAAUGUGGAGAAGGGCCAGCCCCCGAUCUACGAGGAGAAGAUUCCCUUCUAA